AUGACCGACGCAAUCAACAUCAAGAAUGUGAUCACGCAUUCCUUGUUCACCAAAGAGCUUGAUACCAACGGUGACGAACCCGUCAAAACCGUGCUGAGCAUUGUUCACGUUCUUCGAGAAGCCCGGUGCUGUUACCGCUGUUGCUUACGAUUCAUUGGUUCCAUCACCAUGGAAGACUAUACUGCAAGUGAGCAGUGGAUCGAUCGGGUGUGUGAGGAAUUGGAGAAACAUAGCUAUAAAGCAACGGCCAUCAAUAUGAAUGCAGAGUUACCUGUCAGCAAUAUGCAUCGCGACCACUUGUUAUGGAUCCAUGUAGGCGAUCAGCUUGCUUUAGAACACCAUGAUAUUCGCGAUCUCAAGAACCCUUUUCGACAUAUACUUGGAAAAUGCCUGACAUCUCGCACAGGCCUCAGUAUGGACCCGGAAGCUCCUUUGCGCAUGAACAUCAUAAUACAGCACGAGCCGUCUGCUUCCGAACAUUUGUUCCUCACGCAAGCCCAAAACCCGGUCCUGAAAAUCAGAAAAGUGCGCCAAAAGCGUGUUUGGGUAACAGCUGGCGAUGGAAGACCGGUGAUUCGACAAGCAUUAAAUGCUAUCGAUGCGGACGAUGCUCGCUCCUUGACAGCCAUACCACCAUUGCCUGUUGAUAUCAAACCCACGUUGGCAUCCAUCGCAUUAAUGCACGCGUCUUGCUUUGUCGCAGCCCGAUAUAUCAAACUUUCAAGAGAAUACAGUCAAACGCCAUGGGUCAUUAAAGGCAAACGGCUAACUGAACAUUCGGUAUCUGACUGUAUUGCUCCUGUUGUACAGAGAUACCACCGUAGCGAUGCUUACAAAUUUACCACGGCUGGACGCGAGGAUGCCAAUGUUCGCAUGCUUGGUACGGGACGACCAUUCUAUAUAGAGGUAAUCAAUCCUCGCACACCGUCGGACUAUCUGUCCAAAGAGGAUUUUGAAAAAAUGGAAUCCGAGAUCAACCAAGCCCCAGAAACCAAGGAAGCCGUUCAAAUCCGGCAUCUUACCAAGGUGCAGCCAGGUGAUAUUGAACACAUCAAACAGGGCGAAGAAUUUAAGCAAAAGACUUAUCGUGCUUUGAUCUGGAUGUCGGAUGUGUUGACGGACGAAAGAAUUGCCGAAAUAAAUGUACAAUGCAGCAAGCCGUUUAAGAUCUUACAAAAUACACCAGUUCGAGUUUUCCAGAGACGUUCGGCUGCCAUUCGCGAAAAAGAUAUCCACUACUUUCAUUUGGAACGUUUACCAGCUACCGACGCCAAAGAUCCCGCGAACGCUCAUUUUGCUGUUCUCACAUUAACCACCGGAGCAGGUGCCUAUGUGAAAGAAUUCGUCCAUGGUGAUUUGGGGCGUACGCAACCUAAUCUCGCUACCAUUGCUCAGAUCAAGUCGGCGGAUUUAAUUGAACUAGACGUAUUGCAUGUAGACUUGGAAUGGCCACCCAACACGCCGAAUCCUCCACCACAUAUUGUACACAACUAA